AUGGAUUCAUUAUCUCAAAGCUUUGGAGGAUUCAUGGAUUCAUUAUCUAAAAUCUUUGGAGGAUUCAUGGAUUCAUUAUCUCAAAUCUUUGGAGGAUUCAUGGAUUCAUUAUCUCAAAGCUUUGGAGGAUUCAUGGAUUCAUUAUCUCAAAUCUUUGGAGGACUCAUGGAUUCAUUAUCUGAAAGCUUUGGAGGAUUCAUGGAUACAUUAUCUCAAAGCUUUGGAGGACUCAUGGAUUCAUUAUCUGAAAGCUUCGGAGGAUUUAUGGAUUCAUUGCCUCAAAGCUUUGGAGGAUUCAUGGAUUCAUUAUUUGAAAGCUCUGGAGGAUUCAUGGAUUCAUUAUCUGAAAGCUUUGGAGGAUUCAUGGAUUCAUUAUCUGAAAGUUUCGGAGGAUUCAUGGAUUCAUUAUCUCAAAUCUUUGGAGGAUUCAUGAAUUCAUUAUCUCAAAGCUUUGGAGGAUUCAUGGAUUCAUUAUCUCAAAGCUUUGGAGGAUUCAUGGAUUCAUUAUCUCAAAGCUUUGGAGGAUUCAUGGAUUCAUUAUCUGAAAGCUUUGGAGGAUUCAUGGAUUCAUUAUCUGAAAGCUUUGGAGGAUUCAUGGAUUCAUUAUCUCAAAUCUUUGGAGGAUUCAUGGAUUCAUUAUCUCAAAGCUUUGGAGGAUUCAUUAUCUGA